AUGGUUGGCACGCCACCAUCCUCCCCCUCGGCUGUCACCGGUUCUAGCCCCAACGACCUCCUCACGGACAAGGAGGCAGCGGCGGCUGCUGCUACAGAGGCGACCCGCCUCGCCAAGGAGCGCCAGGACACCCACGACGCAGCCAUGGUGCGGGCCGCCAACGCUGAUGCCAAUGCCGCGGCCGCCGCCAAAGCCCUCGACGCCGCCCGGGCACUUGCUGCCCAGGAACGGGCGGCUGCUGCGGCUGCCCUAGCCCCGCUAGGCUCCUUUGGAUCGGGUCCCCAUGCUGCGAUGGACCUCCACACCGCCAUGCUCCUUCAGGAGGCUGCUGCCCUCUUGAAUCUGCACGCCCAGGCGGUCGCCAUCCACAACAUCCGCAGCCUCGUCCCGAUCGUCCUCGACAUCCUCGGCACCCUCGCCGACGACCUUGCUGAAGCCAUCUCCUCUCAGGGCUCGACCGCCAGAAAUGCCUGGCUCGCCGUCGAGUCUCAGUUCCUCGGGAAUAGGGAGGCUCACGCCAUCCAGUUGGAGACGAGGUUUCGCAACUUUGUCCAAGGCGACCUCUCCAUCUCCGAGUACUGUCACUGCCUCAAGAAGAUGGCCGAUGAUCUUGGGGCCCUCGAUGAAGUCAUCACCGACCGCACUCUCAUCCUCUACGUGAUCCGCGGCCUCAACGACAACUCCGCCCAUGUCGGGGCCCUCCUGCAGCGAGGUCGACCCUUCCCCUCCUUCCUGGAGACCCGCGAUGAUCUCAUCCUGGAGGAACUCACUCUGGCGAACCGCCAGUCUUCGCCUGCCGCCGCCCUCGCCACCUCUACCAGGACUUCUGCACCCUCUCCGCAGACCGGCUCUGGCUCUGGGGGCGCCAAUGCCGGUUCCGGCUCCGGGGGCGCCAACACCGGUGGCAGAAGCAACAACAACUGCCGCGGCAAGCGUGGCAGCAAUGGCCGUGGCGGUGGUGGCGGUUCUGGUGGCGGCGGGGGUGGCCAGCACGCCACCACCGGCCCCCAGCAGCAGCAGGCUGGCGGCACCCAGCCUACCCCCGGCGCCCAGACUGCCGCCCCGCAAGGGGCCCCGUGGCCGAGCUUCUACAACCCUUAG